AUGUUGAAGACACCUCCUCUCAGAGGGUUCCACCCUACCCCUGUCCUCAGAGCACAGCCAGACUCUGUGGUCUCCAUGCAGAGUAGGAUGACAUUCUUGUGUGAGGGGACCACAGGAGCCAAAAAUUACUCUCUAUAUAAAAAUGGAAGCCCAGAUCCAUGGCGCACUGAAAUUCCCCCUGAACCUGGGAACAAGGCUGAAUUCUCCAUCGCAAGAGUUGACCAGCACCAUGCAGGGCACUAUCGCUGUUACUAUAGGAUCCAUGAUGAGUUGUCAGAGUACAGUGACGUCCUGGAGCUGGUGGUGACAGGAGCAUACAGUAAACCCAUCCUGUCAGCCCAGCCCAGCCCUGUGGUGACCUCAGAAGGGAAGGUCACCCUCCAGUGUGCAUCAGGGAAACAAUAUAACAGGUUCAUUCUGACUAAGGAAGGACCACAAAAGCUCUCCUCAAGGCAGGACUCACAGUACAGCCAUGUCAAGAAGUCCCAGGCCUUGUUCUCUGUGGGUCCAAUGACCUCCAGCCAGAGGUGGACAUUCAGGUGCUACAGCAAUGACCGGAACAGCCCACAGGUGUGGUCAGAACCUAGUGACCCCCUGGAGCUCCUGUUCUCAGGGAACCUCCAGAAACCCAUCAUCAAGGCUGAGCCAGGCUCUGUGAUUGCUUCCCAAAGUUCCACAACCAUCUGGUGUCAGGGAAUAAUGGAUGCCGAAAUAUAUGUUCUCCAUAAAGAGGGAAGCCCAAAACCCAGGGGAACACAAACCCCAGAGAAGCCUGGGCACGAGGCCAAGUUUAUCAUCCAUAAUGUGACAGAGGAGCAUGCAGGACAGUAUCGCUGUUACUGUUACAGCUCGGCUGGUUGGUCAGAGCACAGUGACACCCUGGAACUGGUGGUGACAGGAAUUCACAACUACACUAAACCCAGCUUGUCAGCCCUGCCCAGCCCUGUGGUGAACUCCGGAGGAAACGUGACCCUCCUAUGUGUCUCACAGAAGCGAUAUGAUAAGUUCAUUCUCACCAAGGAAGAUCAAAAGUUCUCUAGCUCUGUGGAUGCACAGUAUAUACACCCUACUGAACAGUGCCAAGCCAAUUUCUCCAUGGAUCACAUGACUCCAAGCCACACAGGAACAUUCAGAUGCUAUGGGUACUACAUGGAUACCCCACAGUUGUGGUCACGACCCAGUGAGCCCCUGGAAAUAAGCAUCUCAGGGCUGUCCAAGAAGCUCUUGCUGACUCACCAAGGUCAGAUCCUGGACCCUGGAAUGAGUCUCACCCUGCAGUGCUCCUCUGACAUCAACUAUGACAAAUUUGCUCUGUACAAGGAGGGAAAAUCUAACUUCACCCAGUACUCCAGUCAGUAGACUCAGGCUGGCCUCUCCUUGGCCAACUUCCCACUGGCCAUCCAGAGAAAGAGAGAUUUAGAGGAGAUCCCCAGAGGAGCAGGGAGACACUAUCUCUACCUCACUACUUCCCUCCAACAGAGACUACCUGAGGAAGACCUGCAGGAAGAGACAUAUGCCCAGGUGAAAACCUCCAGGAUCAGGAAGGAAAGAACACCCUUAACUUCUGCCAUGUCAAGUGAAUGUCCAAACACAAAAGGUGGACAAGCAGAAGAGGACAGAGAAGUGCAAAAUCAGGCUGCCAAAUCCAAGGAGCCCGAGAGUAUGACCUAUGCCCAGCUCUGCAUCAGGACGCUCAGCACAGGGAGAACUACACCUCCUCCCUCCCAGGCAGGGGAAGGUCCAGAGGAGCCCAGUAUAUAUGCUGAUCUGGCAGCUGCUCAUGCAGAGGCUGUACCCAAGGACAAUAUGCAAUGA